AUGGAAAUGCAAAAAUAUAAAUAAUAUUAAAUAAAAAUAGCUGAUUUAGGUUUAGCAAGAGAAAUCGAUGGAAACAUAAUAACUACUUUUGCUGGAACACCAUGUUUUUUAGCCCCUGAAGUUCAUAAUAAAUCUGCAACUACUUCAAAUGAAAAUUUAUAAAAUAAAGAAGAAUUAGUUUAAGGUAGUAGUUUAAUAAAUAGUUGUAAAGAAGAUAACUAGAAUAAACCUUAACAUAUACUCGAAAGGACUAG